GGGUCAGACCCACAAGCUCUUCUCUUUCUCUCUGUGAAAGGAGUUUAUUAGGAGAAACUCUUUCUUACAACAUUAGCUGACGAAGGUGAGAGCUGGAGGAAAGAAAGAAGGAAAGAAAGCUGCCGAAAAGCUGAAAGUUUAAAGCCAAAAGAAAGCUGAUAACCGAAAGAAAAGCGCUUUUAUUAUUUAUUCAUUUUCCCUCAUGGUCUAGCUCUCUCUCACCCCCUUCCUCAAUCUCUUUAUCAUUAGUUAAAAAUCGAUAUCAUAUCUGGUGAUUAGUGUCACCGCCGUAGUUGAUUCCGAAUCAAUACCCAUAAUCUCGAAAGAAAAGCAGGAGUUACUCCAUGUUAGGCUGCAGCAACAGCGAUAAUAACAACAACUCUUCUGCUGAGCCUUUUGCUAGCUUGGAAAAUGGAAGUAAUAGUAAGAGGAAGCGGCGGCCGGCGGGGACUCCAGAUCCAGACGCGGAGGUGGUGUCUCUUUCGCCCAAAACUCUAUUGGAAUCGGAUCGAUACAUUUGUGAGAUCUGCAACCAGGGGUUUCAGAGAGACCAGAACCUUCAGAUGCACCGGCGACGCCAUAAGGUGCCAUGGAAGCUGCUGAAGAGGGAGACGCCGGUGGUGAGGAAGCGGGUGUUUGUGUGCCCGGAGCCCAGCUGCUUGCACCAUGACCCCUGCCACGCACUGGGUGAUCUGGUUGGAAUCAAGAAGCACUUCAGAAGAAAGCACAGUAAUCACAAGCAGUGGGUCUGUGAGAAAUGCAACAAGGGCUAUGCUGUUCAAUCGGAUUACAAAGCCCACCUCAAAACCUGCGGCACCAGAGGCCAUUCUUGCGACUGCGGCCGUGUUUUCUCCAGAGUCGAGAGCUUCAUUGAACAUCAAGAUGCUUGCAAUAUGGGUCACCUACGGCCGGAAUCGCAGUUGCUGCAGCCGGCGGCGUGCUUGUCUCGAACUGCCUCUAGCCCCAGCCCAUCUAGUGAGACCAAUUUCAGUGUACCUCCUUGGUCUGGUUUGAUGACGCCGAGGCCAGUGGAUUCCAUCUUCUUGACCUCUGAUGGAGAUAAUAAUAACAAUAAUCCUCCCAAGAAAGCACAUUACCAUAAUCUGGAGCUUCAGCUGUUAACCACACCGAAUCCCCUCGUCGCCUUGGCUUCCCCUAAAGCGGAUGAAAACCAUUCAACUCAGUUGCAGCUGUCGAUCGGGUCGAGCGAUUUCAAUGAGAAAAAUGAAUCAAGCAUUAUCAAUCUGAUCAACAAGGAAUAUUCGGCACCCGCAAGGUGUCCUAGGGAGUGCAAUACCAGUGAGAAAGCUACGUUUGGAGCGGCGAGGCUUAAGGAAGAGGCGCGCGAGCAGUUAAGGCUGGCCAUGGAGGAGAAGGUCUAUGCAGAAGAGGCAAGGCAGCAGGCAAAGCGACAGAUUGAGCUAGCCGAUAAAGAAUUUACCCAUGCGAAGAGAAUCAGGCAGCAGGCACAAGCGGAAUUGGACAAGGCACAAGCACUAAAAGAACAUGCCAGAAAGCAAAUCAACUCAACUAUCCUCCAAAUCACUUGUCAUGCCUGCAAGCAACAAUUCCGAACGAGGACUGCAGGAAACGUCGCACCACCGGAUGAGAACUCCCUGGUACUUAGUUACAUGUCAUCUGCCAUAACCGAGGGCGAAGUAGUAGAGAACAAUCAUCAUCGAUCCGUUCGAGCUAAAACUACUAACCCAUAGUUCUCUUCCACAUCCAUCUUCAUGUUAAUUUUAACCUUUUUCCUUUUCCUUUUCCUUUUCCUUUUCCUUUUCCUUUUCUUCUAUAUAUUCAUAUACCAAGGGGUGUUGUGAUUUUCUCCACUUAGAAUCUGAUCAAUGGAGGGCUUGUAUUCUGUAAUCUGUGUGAUGUUAUUUGUUCAUUAAUUUGGGAAAUGGAGAGUAUGAUCAUCAUGGAUUAUAUAUGUA